AAAAACAAUAGCCGCAUGAGCUGCGCGCGCAUCCAACAUCGACCCGUUAUCAGUUAUCGUCAGUCGUGGUCCGAUCGUCACGCAGACCGGACGUAUGCGUGGAUGGGUGAACUACAGUACCCCGGCGCACCAAGCGUCGUUGAUGAUGAGAGGCAGUACCGGGCACCAUUUAGACGGGCCCCACAAUACAGAUGGCCGGCACCCCAGCCACCUCAGCCGUCAGCGUUCGCGCCAUGGAGGAGGGCCCCAGCGCCCCCGAGGCCCCCAGAUUACAGACGCAGUGCAUCAUACCCAGGCAAACCAGAUGAGCCGUACCAGGAUCGAAGUGGACUAGACAAUAUGAGAUCACUAGAGCAUUAUCUAACGGAUAUUAUGAGGGCAGAUACCUCUGACCAUUUGAAAGUCAAGUCUCCUUUCUUCCCCGGGGUGGAAGAAGGUGGUGUCGCGAGCGGGGCCGGCGCUGGAUCGCCCUCUGGACCCGCAGACCAGACCCAGGAUGUGGUGUCGAGGCUCAGUGCUGCUGGUUUAUCGAUGUGUGUCAGUGCGCUCGGCUCGCCGGCGCGUUCGUCUCCAGUGUCUGCUGGAUCCGAGCACGGGGAGAGGUUCAGCCGGAAGGUGUUCGUCGGUGGACUCCCGCCUGACAUUGACGAGGAUGAAAUCACGUCGUCGUUCCGACGUUUCGGGCCGCUGGUCGUCGACUGGCCCCAUAAAGCCGAGAGCAAGAGUUAUUUUCCGCCCAAGGGAUACGCAUUUCUGCUGUUCCAAGACGAGAGUUCAGUAGCGGCACUCAUGGAGGCCUGCAUCACAGAUGACGACAAGCUAUACCUGUGCGUGUCGUCGCCAACAAUCCGGGACAAGCCGGUGCAGAUCAGGCCCUGGAGGCUGGCCGACGCUGACUUCGUACUGGACGCGAGCAUGCCUUUGGAUCCGAGGAAGACUGUGUUCGUCGGUGGUGUUCCUCGUCCGCUGAAGGCUGUGGAGCUCGCUAUGAUCAUGGACCGGCUGUACGGCGGCGUCUGCUACGCCGGCAUCGAUACAGAUCCUGAGCUGAAGUAUCCAAAGGGAGCCGGUCGUGUAGCGUUCUCCAAUCAGCAGUCGUACAUAGCGGCCAUCUCUGCUCGCUUCGUUCAGCUGCAGCACGGGGACAUUGACAAGCGAGUCGAGGUGAAGCCGUACGUGCUGGACGACCAGAUGUGCGACGAGUGCGCGGGUGCGCGGUGCGGCUCCAAGUUCGCGCCCUUCUUCUGCGCCAACGUCACCUGUCUGCAGUACUACUGCGAGCACUGCUGGGCCACCAUACACUCCAGGCCGGGCCGUGAGUUCCACAAGCCUCUGGUUAAGGAGGGAGCUGACCGCCCGCGGGCCGUGCCCUUCCGCUGGUGUUAGCUCGCGAGAUAGAGGGGAGGUGGGUGGCGGGAGUAUGGGUAGUGCCGGGGGAGGGUGAAGAAUGAUCUGAAAUGAUUUAAAGGAAGAUUGGGGGGGGAGCAAGAAAAUGUUGAAAGGAUUGAGAAGUGGCUCCAAGAUGUUUUUCGAUAUUGAUGUGAAGAAUUAAGCAAUAUUGGGAAUUAAAUAGGAAUUAGUUUGAAUUGAAUAGAAAUAGUGGGUAGUGUUUGUUGGUGAGUAGGAAAUGAUACAUCACAGCUUAUGUUGGGGGACGGGAGUGGCGACGACGUCGAAUGGACUGGUUGCGAAGAUAUUUGGAAUGGAUACCCCCUGGCACGGAACACGAAACUUAAUAGAAAAAUUAGACCAUCUCCCCUAAAAGUUGAAUUGAAUUUUUGAGGAAAAUUCGAUUCGAAUCUAGCAACACUGGCUUUGGAUGCGAGAAGUAGAAAAAAUGUUAGCGUUCUCGUCGAGACACUUAGAAUACAAUACUUGGUGCGUUUAUAUUCACGAUGCGACAUUUUGUGACAUUUUUGUUUUUUAAUCGGUAUUUUGACAGUUCACUUUCUAGAAUAAUAAAAAUAAAAAUCCACGGCUUUUAGUACCUGCGUGAAAAUGUCGCGAAAUGUCGGCGUCGCUGUAUCGCCUCCGGAUAUGACGUAAAAAUAUCGAUUGUUGGAAAUUUAAUAAAAAAAAUUAAUAAUAAUAAUAAAAGGCAACAUUAUCCAAUUAAUGUUAAGCGAAAUAUAUAGAAUUCAAGUACAAUUUGCUUGUUGGAUUUCUUGUUGGACGCGUUGAAAUUUGUAACUGUGUUGCCAGUUUUCUAAAACACUACCAUAAUGGUAGGUUUCGUGUGAUGAGAAAUUUAAUAAGAACUUCGAUGUAAGUAAAAUGUGUAUUCAAAAAAACUUAGCUAGUUGUCAGUUUGUCGUUUGUGGAUAAGCUCUGUAACGUCUUAGUGGCGCAUCUCGACAAAAUUGUCGCGGUACUGUCGCGGGGUUUUGUCGCGGGUGCGGACGCUCAUUUAUCGUAAGAUAUUAAUGUAAGACUUAAGUGGAUUCACAUUUUUUCGAAAAAAAAAAAACAUAAUUGUACCUGUGUAGCUAGAGUGAAUUUCCCGUUUUCCCCCCUUUUUUGUUUAUUUUUAUUAUUAUUUAACUUGGAUAUUGUUGCGAUAUAUAGAAUAUUCGAUUCAUUUAUCACGUCGUUUAUUAUUGAGUCAUCGAUCGUUCGAUUAUUGAUUUUGUUUUCGAACGAUUAUGUAACAAUCGUUGGGUAUCGAUUAUUGAAUCGUUCGAAUCGUGUUAAGCGAGUUUGGAGAGGAUUUUAUUGUAGCUUUGUUGCAGAUUUAUUUCCACUAUAUAUAUUUGAAGAUGGUUUUGUUCCUGAACCAGUGACGACUUUCCCGGGAGGCGGUAUAGACUGGGUUUUUUAGUACAAAGUUAAAAAAAAAAAUACGUUACCAAUCUUGGCUGUAGGCUCCUCGCGAGUUGAUUCUUAUAUUUUUUUAGUAUUAAAAAUAUAAUAUAUAUAUUUUUUGGAUCCGCCGGGGUAGUGCAAUAGUUGUUAGAGUAGUUACCUAUAAGAUAAUAUAUAUAACCAAAAGUCUAGUGUAAAUAAUUGUUCCAAUUAAUGAAAUAACAUCAAUUUGUCGUCUCGAUUAGUAUCGUCUAGUGACGGUGUUUGCGUAACGCGUUUCUAGCGAAAGUAUUGUGGGUGUGUACCGAACCCAAUUGUGUCAAAGUUUGAUCGAUUUUGGAAUUGGUGAGGCUAUGUAAAAUUCGACGCUGAGUCAUUCGAUAUUUGGCGAGACAUGAGCGAUGAAGCUUGGGUAUGUACUUAAUUUCCUUCGGAUACAGACGUCGUAUCCCGACCGACCACGGACUCUGAGACUGUAGUUAAAAGACUAGCGCGAAUUUUUUGAUGAGUUUAUUCAUGAUUUUUGUAGACGUUUUUUCGUGUCGUGUAUUUUUCGGUAGAUGUUGAGGCGAAGUGCCUUCGUGCGGCGCAUGGUUGAACGUACCCCUCCCGUGCUUGAUUUGAUAGCUUAAUUAUAAUUGCGAUCGUAUUAUCGAUCGUAUUUAUAUAUUUCCGACCGAUCUUUGACUCGGUUUGUUUUUGAUUCGUUAUCGUUUUGGUAUCGUGUGCGUUUUCAAUGUCCCCGGUUAAUCGAAGUAUAUUUUUUAAACCGCUUAGCCGUUCGCCUGUUACAACGGACGGUCUAAACUUUGUAAUUAAGUAGACAAAUUGUAAUUAAUAGAGCAUUCUAGUGGAAAUUAUUUGCCAUAGACAAGCGUCGCGACACUACUGGUUCCCGUGUAUAUUAUUAUUAUGACAUUGAGCUAUAUAACACUAUUAUGUAGAGUAAUUAUAAUAUAUAUAUUUUUUUCUUAAGAUGAUAUAUAUAUAUUUGAAAAGUGAGUUCUGGUGAGUGUCGCGAUGCAUUUUCAGAGUUUAAAAAUGCACACACGUGCGAAAGCUCUUAGUGUAAUGAUAAAUAAAUAAAAAUAGUUUCAGAAUAGCGUAUCGCGGUUUCCUCUUUAAUAUAUACUUAGAAGAAUUAGGUGAUUUUUGAUACACGCUAUGUACGCCCCGAGAUGUUUCUUCUCACUAUCUCUAUCUAUCUAUCUCUCUCUCUCUCUCUCACGGCACUCAAUAUCUGCUAUCCCUCUCAUGCUUAUAUACUUACAGUUUAGCCGUUCCGGUUGCAUUUUGUCAGUUUUCCGUUUCCUUUGUUUCGUGACAACACUUUCGUUUCGGUUCGCCGUUGGCUCGAUGUGUGUGCAUUUUCGAUUGUUAGGUUGAUUCCUUUUGUAUGAGAUUGCUCAAUAUUUUUUAAUGAAAAGUAUAAAGUUGUUUAAACGUACCCCCUAGCCCUCCUUAGUGAAGAUUGGUACGGAAGCGUGGUUGUUGUGUGGUCGCACUGUCCCAUUUUGUAUUUUUGUAUUUUUAUAAAAAACGACUUAAUGUGAAAUUCGAAAGUGUUUUUUACUUUACGCGCAACGUAGAUAGUUAACCAGGUGGCCUGUGUGACCUCUGAGGGUGUGGUACCUCAACGAAGGCGCCGGUGGGUUGUGCCUGGUUGCUAAAAUAAUUGGUGUUAGAAAAAUAAACCCAUUGGUUUUGUGUUGUCUGGGAUAUGUGGUCUGUUGCGAAUGGUUGUUUUUUGCACUGUACCUAAAAGCUUGUCGAAAAUGGCGCUGUCGCCAUUGUCUUAGGGCUUUCUACGUUGUGAUGCCGGCGAGAUUUAAAGCAGAGCUUGCACUAUGUGGCCGAUAUUAUGCGUUUAUAUUAACUGAUCGCUAGAAAGAGUCGUGGCGUCUGAACGUAGCUUAGAUCGCGUGUAGAGAAGGUUUUAGAAGGAUUUGACAGUUGGAAGAAGUUUCGAUUUCUACCAAACUUUUCGAUUGAACUUAUUGUUGAUGGUUUUUGCUUGAAUAUGAUUUUAUUUUGUUUGCGGAUCGACCCGCGCUCGUUUUGAUUGUCGUUUAAUUUGUACACUUGGAUUUGCUUAGUUUUAGUUUGGAGUAUAUGUAGUUUGAUGCCGCGGGUCGUUUUGAGUUUUAAAAGAGUUUUCAGUUCGUUAGUUUGUAGGUUGUUUAACUUGAUUUCUUGUUUAUGGUCGAUUGGGCCGUUUGUUCUUGUUGUAUGUUGUCUGUUUUUCUAUUGAUAGUAGCUAUUUCAAUGCUAAUUUUUCCGUUUUUUAGAUAGUAAUUUUAUUGCAUAUCACAUGAGGUUCGCCGUACGGGGGGCAUCGAGGUGUUUUGUCUUACAUUUUUGACACUAUUUUGAGAUCUUAGCUAACUUUGUAUAAUUGUUGUUGUUGACAAAUCGACGUUUCGUCCCCCUCGUCUCGCUCCGUGUGAUGUAUCCGAGCAGCGGCUCCGGCGUACUCGUGUACACGGCGGGCGCGGUCGACAAUGUCCCUUGAUGAUAAAUGAUGUUUUAUGCCGUCGGUACCGGACCGAGGUUAGUAAAUUUUUUUGUCAACGUACGCCCGAAGACGUACCUUGUAAAUUUCGUCGUAAUAUUAGAUAUUUUAGUGAAAUUAUAAAACAAUAUCGUGUGAUAGAUGAAUUACAGUAGAGCAAUUCAUUAUUAACUUAUCUAGUUGAUUAAUAUUAUAAUGACAGAUUUAGUACCUACUCCCUUCGCGUUACAGGUGGGUAUCGCUUGGACGAUACAUCCCGCACUGUCGUGUCGUUUGCGUCUCGAUGUAUUUUUUGUAUUUAGUCACGGUUUUUAUCAAGAUGUUCAUUACAGGCCGGGAUGGUGCAUAAAAUGAUAUUUUUUUAAUAAAUUUUUAUAAAUAAACCGACUCCUUAAAACGUGAAUCAUAGAUAAAUUUUAUGCUAAUUUUCAGCCUAAUUUUAUAUUCAUAAAUAUAUUAAAUUUUAGUGAAAUGUUUGCAGUGAUGCCACGGUUUUACACGACUCGUUUCAACAAUUAAUUCUUCACUUCAAUGGAGAAUGUGAUUCAAACUAGUUAAUGUUAAGUUGUACCCAGACCUACGCCCAUCCAGUGAGUUGUCUUAAAGCACCCACUUGGGCUGUAUCGCCUGUGUGUAGCCGACAUUAUUAAAUGAGUAAUCUGAUAGUCGGUACAGCGUAUUGUGUAACAUCGAGGUGUUACUGUAGUUAGGUUUCAAAGUGCUUUGUAUCGGGAGUCGGCUCACUAUAAUUUCAAAUUAGACUUAUAUAUUUUUAUAGACCGUUAUUUCUAUUGUUAUAUACCUACAAUCAAUUUUGUUGAUGAUGUCACGCUGUGAGUGGCUUUUCGUCUCCAUUAGUGAAAAUGAACUAGUUUCCUCGAAGAAAAUUUUAUGACGUUACGCCACGGUCGGACUGCCGUUGUGUUCGGAGAUGCGACCGUAGCGUAAUGUAAAUCAUCUCGUGUGUUGCACGAAAAGUCACAGUUGAAGCUUAGAUAAAUAAUUUUAAAAUGUAUCAGUCUAGGUGAUAAAUUGUUUUGCUACGAUUAAUGAAUUUUGUUCCACAAGUCUCGGUCCUCUCACUUUGCAGCUAUUAACUAUUUUUCGAAGCUUAGUUUAGAAUACGAAGUGAAAGGGCCGAACGAUUUCCUGUUAUCAUUCUCCACGUAUUUGUAUGACUUUUUUUUGUCUUUGAUAUUUUUGACGCGAGAUAAUUUGAGCUUUUUGUAAAUGAACGACCCGUUUGUUUGACAUGCGAUUUGAUUUUAGACUAUUGUGAAAAUAUUAAAAUGAAUUUGAAACUUUCUUCCUGAGUUUUCAUCUUGUAGUUUGCUUUGUGGGAUAGUGCAAUCGACUGUUACUUUACACGCGUCACGUGACUCGUUUGUGACACUUUAGUUAUUGGCUAAAUGUUAACUAAAUUCCAAUGCUAAGCUAUGUUCAGACUUUUGAGAAAUUGAAUAGAUUCAAUGAAACUUUAUUAGGCGCGAUCCGAGUAUUUUCAAAUGGAAUUAAAGUGCAACGGUUACUGAUGCAAAUUAACUGUUGCUUCCGAGCUAUGAAAUAUUAUUGAACGUUGCUUUAUGGCGUGAUUAGUUAAACAAUGCUAUCUUUGUCUAUCGAAUUACAAAUCGUUACUGACAGAGAGAGAUGAGUUCUAAACACCCGAUAAACGAUAACGGGACCGUUGUAAAUUGUUUUCGCUGGAAUUUAGUCAAAAUUUAGUUGAUCAUUAAAUUAAUUUGUUAAUUGUCCAUGAGCAUUGUGUUGUCACUGAUAUUUUAAGUACAUCCAAUUGCUUUGUGUUUUUUUUUCUUUGACCAAAGAAGAUUUUACCAAAAAGACAGCAGGGUCGGUCCCUGCAAUUCCUAUUUCCGGUGAAAAUGGCUUUUAGAAGUAGAUCAAUUUUCCCGCUUGUUUGGAUGUAUUUUUGACGUUUACCUAUUUAUUUCUUUUUUACUAUAUUUUUUUUGUAUAAUUUUUAUAAAACCGAUGAAUUGUCGCAUAGUAUAGUGUUGUUAUUUAGCCUUAAUAUUUUUUUCAGUAUUUCAUAGUUUUAAUAAAGUAUUUUUAAAACGCUACUAGUAUAAGCUUUUGCCGAUAAAAUUGCACAUUGGCUGUUAAAUGGUGCGUUUCUACUGAAAUUGUUGGUGAUUUUUGUGUUUGCAACAUUUAUUAACAAUUAUUGUUACACUGUAACAAUUUUUCUGGUAAUUCUAGAAUCUGUUGUUACAAGCGUUGGUAACACAGAAGUUGUCAAUGUUUCGCAUGUGGGGACGCAGCUUAAGGAACAUAUGUAUUGUAAUAUAAUAGUGAAAAUUGUAAAAAUAACGAGUUUUUUGUCAAUAAAUUUAAAGAAACGUAGAUUUUGAAUUUCUAUUGGAGCUUUACUUGAAAUUUAUUGUAUAAUUUGAAAAUUUCUAUGUAAAGUGAGAAUGCAAUACCGUUUUUUAUAUAUUUAUAUUUAUGUGGAAUCUUAAAUGAUCGCAGUAGCACUGUAGUUUGUUUUUUUUUUCUUAAGAGUGUAUUUUUUUUAUUUUAUUUUUUCGUUGUUGUUUGAUUAAAUAGUAUUUUAGAUGUAUGAUUGGCUGGAUGGAGAGACUUUGAGUGAUAUGCCUUGUGCUGACAUUUUGUUUUUUUUUUUAAUAUCCAUGAUACUACACUUUAGAGCCAAUUUGUCAUUUAUUGAUUUAAACUAAAUUCACGAAUAUUGCAUGUAAUGACAGCUAGCAGUAAGUAAAAAAAUUACGAAUAUACUAAUAAUUCAAUUCCAUAAUAAUAUCAAAUUUAUCUUCGUGUUAUUUAAAUGUAAGAUUUGUCAACUCAGGGCGACUUGAUCAAUUUAUCUCCAUCGAGCCGUAGGUAUUAUUUAAAACUGAAACACUUGGAUUUUUAUAUGAAUUUUAUUAUUAUAAUAUGGUAUUUUACUAAAUAUUAGUCCAAUAUUAAAUCUUUA